AUAUUCCUGCAACAAAUACAUCAGGAAGAUUACACGUAUAAACUCGAUUUUACGUUAAUGUAGUUGUGCGCGUCGCGGGUGCUAUAAUAAGGUCUUGUUAUGAGAGAUAAAAUUGAAUCUACUCGACGGAACUUUUGUUUUCCUUAAAUACUGUAUUGCGAAUAUUUUUAAACACUCCGUGUAUGGUUUUAAUGUUCUUUUAGGGUUUAACGUUCGUUUUAACCUGCUGACUGCCUGCUUAGGUAUCCCGUUACAAACACUCUGCGCCGGCCGCAUAGCGGUCGCGGUUUUCGGCGUCUAACUUAUUUAAAUCUGGACGGGAAAUGUUUCAAAUAUAUGUCUAUGCAUGUAAACAGUGACCGACUAUUCUCCGUUGUUCACAAAAGGACCCCCUCCAGAUCAGACCCAGAUGGGGGGGGUCUGUCGGGCAGUUGUUCAGAGCAGCUGUCUUCUCAGCUGGGUGUUACUCCUAAAACAAAACUUUACAGGAGGGGUUUUUGGUCCGUCAGACGUGUGCUGAGCCCCCUUGCCGACAUAGCGAUGAAAGAACGGUAACAGUUCAACGAUACUAUUGAUGGAUUUUUGAACGGGAUGUGUCAGUCAGCGUGACGGCUGUGUUAUGUUCCUCUCAGCUUUGCAUAAUGAUUUGCUAGGCGUCUGACUUGGCAGAGGCAGGGCCGGACCGCCCUCCCCAGACAACACUGUCCAUUGUUAGGUCCCGAUCUCCCCAAGGAGGCAUUGUGGGACAAGGACUUCACUUCCGCAAAGAGGAGGGAACAUUCUUGUUUGGAAAGGCUGAAAUACACACCCCUCCCUUCAGUUAGUGUGGAUAGUGUUAUUUGGAAAAGGAAAAGGAAUAGUUUAGACGGGAGUCCAGCUUUGGAACGUGUCCUAGUAUUCAUUGCACCUCUUUGUUUUUGCAACUCAAGACAAGAAACAGUUCAUGCAUGUUCCAUUAUUUUUGUGUAAUGGGAAUUUCAGCAGAGGGCAGGCUGGACUUGCCUGUCAUUGUUGCAGUGGAAGCGACGCAGAGUCUCUCCAGGCGCUGAGGGCUUGGCAAUGCCUGUUCCCCCUCCACCUCCUCCGCCACCCCCCGCGCCUCCACCACCACCUCCUCCUCUCCACCCUGCCCAACCACCACCAUCCUCCAUAACGCCUCAGGGAUGGUCAGAUCCCUCGCGGACCCAGCGGCCGGCGCCCGGUGGUCGCAGUGCUCUUCUGGCCGACAUCCAGAAAGGAACCAAACUCAAGAAAGUGGCCACGGUCAACGAUCGCAGUGCGCCGGUGAUCGACAAACCCAAAGGCAGCCGUCCAGAUUCUGCCGCAAACAGCGGCGGCCUGGGUGGGUCUGGAGCUUUGGGGGGGCCUGUGUCCUCCGGACCCCCUCUGGCAGGUCUUUUCGCUGAAGGCUUUCCUGUACUAAGGCCAACAGGUCACAGGGACACAACUGUACCACGGUCCAGCGGCUCUGGGUUGAGGCAGCCGGUUUGGAGCCCCCCGGCGUCUGACAGCUGUCUCCUCGAGGCCCCUGACGUGGCCCCCCCCCCAAAACUGCCGGACAGAGGGAGCCCCAUGCGCUCCGCCGCGUAUCCGGCGGCCCCCGCGCCCACCUCCAGCAAACCCUCGCCGCCCCCUCACGACCGACCAAUCAAAGCACCGCCUGCGCCACAGUGCCCGCCCCCUGCUCCUCCUCCACAAACCACCAAGCCCACCUGGCUGCCGGUUCAGCCCCAUUCGCUUCCCCAGCCAUCUAUUCCGCCUCCACCUCCUCCUCCUCCUCCGCCAGCCUUCCCUGCAUCCGGCAUCCCCGACCGCUCUGCCAGCUUCUCUUUCCCUGCUGCCCCCCCUCCUCCUCCCCCACCCCCCAUGCAGUUUGGUAACUUCCGGGACCCUCCACCACCGCCUCCCCCCCUCUCCUAUUCAAGCUAUCCUUCAGUUCCGCCUCCACCCCCUCCGCCUUUGCAGCCCCCGCUGCCUAAGGUACCCCCUGUCCCAUCACCUGCUUUCAGAGCUGGAGUUCCCCCCCAGGCUCCCUCAUACCCCACUACAGCCCCAAGCCGCCGACCCCCAGCGGUUCCCAGACCUACAGGUGCGGGAAGGUUUGCUCCACCCCCUGCUCCGCCCGCUCGAUCCCCCGCUACAGAGCUAUCCAGCCGAAGUACGCCUCAAAACCCUCCCCCACCCCCACCGCCGCUUCCACCUUCAGUCACGAGAAAUGGUCACCUGCACAGUCUGGAUGACUUUGAGUCAAAGUUUCAGUUUCAUCCGAUUGAUGAUUUCCCUCCACCGGAUGAAUUUAAACCAUUUCCUCGAAUAUACCCUAGCAAAGAAGCCAGAGAGAGCACCAGACCUGCUCCUCUACGGACGCACAUACGAUGAAUUGAGUCUGCUGGGUUCUUGUACUGCAGUUCAUAUGAAAGAGUCGCAGACCUUCCACCUCCCUUAAGGACUCGGAGCCUUGGAGAGGCAGCAGCCUCCCACUGACUCUCGCUGAGAGUCUCCGCCGUGAAUCACGGCUCUCCGAGUCCAUCAGCCCAUCUGCCGCCUUGCUCUCAUGCCAACAUGUAGCCUCUCAUACAGCGGACUCUGCAUUGCUUGACGAUCAGAUGGCCUGGUUCGUGCACUUGUUCAAUCAUCCUUGCACACCCCAUGACUUGGGGUGCUGUGACUCUGUCCUUCUUGGGCCCCAGAUGACCUUUAACCCAUGUGAAGUGUGGAUUGUGUUAGAGGUUUGUAAAUAGAGCAUCAGCCACAUCCCUGCACAGGAGCGCAGCAGGAGCACGAAGUUCUGCUACCGGCCUACAUGAGCCAUCAUAUUAUGCCUCAUUUUUUUUUUUUUUUUACUAAAUUAUUAACCUUUUUUGAAUAUUUUGAAGCUUGAGACAAGCAGAUAGAUGAGGCGCAGGGGAGAGUAGAUGCUGCUGAGAAACAUUUUGUUAGUGUUAUUUGUGGAUUGUUUUUAACGGAGACGUAUCAGUAAAAAUGGGAGGAGCCAAAAUGAACGAAACGCCACGUCAUGGUCACACCUUGUUUUGUGUCUUUUCUGCUCGGGUUUGACGUUCAGAUCUGACCUCAGUGCGUUUUUAUCGCUUGCUUUAGAGUCAUUGUUCUAACCUAUUCCUGAUUCUGCUGAAGUUGGAAUUGGGGUAUUGGAGUUUGGUGAUCGAUUAUUAAAACAAAACCCAUAACAACUUUCACUACUUGCAUGAAUUAACACUACUUUCAAGUUAUUUGCAACAUUUCAAUUCAAGUUAAACACUUUACGCUCAGUAGCAAAAUAUGUAAAUGUGGAAUUUCCUUGUACUUUUCGUUUCAUUGGGUUCCAACAGUCGUAUCCAAGGAAAAAUACAGCAGAAAAGGUAAUGAAAAAUAAAACAUGGGAUACUGAGCCACUGGAAAA